UGCCCCAUUAUUGGUGUCAGUGGGAGGAAUGGUGCCCCAUUAUUGGUGUCAAUGGGAGGAAUGGUGCCCCAUCAUUGGUGUCAGUGGGAGGAGUGGUGCCCCAUCAUUGGUGUCAGUGGGUGGAAUGGUGUCCCAUCAUUGGUAUUGUGGGAGGAAUAGUGUCCCAUCAUUGGUGUCAGUGGGAGGAAUAGUGCCCCAUCAUUGGUGUCAGUGGGAGGAAUAGUGCCCCAUCAUUGGGUCAGUGGGAGGAAUAGUGCCCCAUCAUUGGUGUCAGUGGGAGGAAUAGUGCCCCAUCAUUGGUGUCAGUGGGAGGAAUAGUGCCCCCAUCAUUGGUGUCAGUGGGAGGAAUAGUGCCCCAUCAUUGGUGUCAGUGGGAGGAAUAG